AAACGAGUUUCCUUACCAGCACGAUUCCGCAAAACGCAGAGCCCCCAACGUGCAGCAGCUCUGCCUAAGAGAAAGGCGAGUAAACAUUUGCUUAAAAAAUCGUUGCUCGGUUCACAGUCUACAGCGGAGGUGGGGAGGGAGUGAGUAGGAAAGAAUCGCUCCAGAUGCCGGGUUGGAGCCGGCGGCAGCAGCAGCAAAGCUGGCUCUGAGAGCUGAGCUAUCCCGCUCGCAGCGCAGCAUAGAACAGCACAGCCGCGGCAGGCAGAGGGUAAGGCUGGGCUUGUGGAGCGCAGCGCUUGGCUCGUCCUCCUCCUCCCUCCUCCUCCUCCCUCCUCUCUCGCUCUCUCUCUCCCUCUCUCUGUGCAUGUAGAGCAGGCGGCUGUGCUGCAGCGUCAGGGAAGAGCUGCCGAAAGAGACUCCAGCAGCUCCCACCACUUUGGGCAAACUUGCCGGUUUAACAGCUUUUUUUUUUUUUUUUUUUUUUUUUUUUUCCUUCCGAGUGGGAAGCUCCUCAGUUGCCAUUCAGCAUUUUAAAGCACAAGCUGCUCUGCCGUGAAAGCUCCCGAGCCACACUGCUCUGAAAGGCACAGGAGGGAAUACACAAUCGCAGAUUUCACCCGCCGUAGCGGUGCAGACCCCAGGAAACAACUGACUGAUUGCAUUUUAUUCGCAAAUAGAACUCCGUGUGGUUUUUUAAUCGCGUCGCAGCUCUCUUCCCCUCCCCUUUGCCAUUCCGCUUAUAUGGAUGUAAUUCAGAAUCCGUGUUAAUUCACGUGGGGGAUCCAGUUACAUCUCGUUCCGCUCCGGGUAUGUUAACGAGAGACCAAUAAUCGCCUUUGGACACAUAGUUUUGUCGCUAACCUUUGAACUGAAAGGAUCGAGUUCAGAUCUGGUUACCUGCAUUGGGACGGGAAGGAAGAGGCGAGAGAGAGAGAGGAGAGAGAGGGAGAGGGAGACUGCAAUCUCAUUUGUGAAUCGCGCUCAGUGCUGCAGCUCCAGAUUGCUAUAACACAUGCAGUGCAAAUGCAGGUAAGGCACACACACAAACCGCGGAUGCGAAAACAAACUUGGGACUGUGGUGUGUGUGUGCUCAGAUCUACAGCCUUGCAAAUUCCGGGCAAACGGCUUCUGCAGUUUCUGUCUCGUUGCUUUGUGACUAAUGACCUUGCGCAGAGUUGGUAAAAAAAAAUCCUCUCCGGAGAAAGAGCUGAACAUUGUAGGCGAUCUCUGAAGAUGGAUUUAGGUGCUUUUCUGCCAACCAAAGGGGAUAUUCCACGGACUGCUCUGUAAUACACGGGGUGCUUCUGCUACCCAUUGUGCAGCUACCGACAUUAUUGGGAUUUUCAUUUUUUUUUUUUUCUUUAUCUUUUUAAAUUAUUAUUAAUAUUUUUGAAGAGCUGCCUAUGCUAAGAGGAUCUGGAGUUCUCCCGGACAUGAGCCCGUUGAAUAAAGCAAAUCACAUUUUUUUCCUGUGUGUGCAGAUAGGGGAGAGAAUAAAUCUAAUGCGUUUGUCGUGAACGACUGAGAGGGCGAGAGAGAGAGAGAGAGAGAGAAGAGAGAGUGUGAAUUGUAGUUAACUCCGGUGUCGAAGAAGACGACCUGGGGGGCUUCAGAUAGCACGGUGCUGCUCCGGCUUUUAUUGCAAACCUUGCAAAGUGAUUACAGUAAAAUCAGGAGGAGGAGGAGAAGGGGGAGGAGGAGGAAAAUCCCAUCCUAUCUGCCGAGAUGAAUCUUUAAAAAGCAAAAUACACUGUCCCGUGAACUGUAAGUAUAUCGCAGCUGGGAGGCAGGGCGAGCAGCGGAGGAGGCAGCAGCGGGGUUUUGCCCACCGAUUGCACCAGCCAUGAGACGCUAAGUUUCCGGGAGCAGAAGGAUUCUAUAAUUGCUCGCUCGGCCGCUCUGUUGGCUCAUCAAGGGAGUUUAUCGGGGAGAUAGAGGAGGGGGGGGGUCGGGGAGAAGAAGAUGAGGAAAAUGCGGACUCUUCUCGGCUUUGUGCACUGCUGCUGCUGCUGCUUCUUGCUCCUCCUGCCUCCGCCGCUCCGGGUCAGCCUGGCAGCGGCCAAGCAGCUGCUGAGGUACCGGCUGGCCGAGGAGGGACCCGCCGACAUCCGCAUCGGUAACGUGGCCGCCGACCUGGGCAUCGUGACGGGCUCCGGAGAGGUGACAUUCAGCCUGGAAUCAGGCUCCGACUACCUCAAGAUCGAUAACAUGACCGGGGAGCUGAGCACCACGGAGCGGCGCAUCGACCGCGAGAAGCUGCCGCAGUGCCAGAUGAUCUUCGACGAGAACGAGUGCUUCUUGGACUUCGAGGUGUCGGUCAUCGGCCCCUCGCAGAGCUGGGUGGACCUCUUCGAGGGCCGGGUCAUCAUCCUGGACAUCAAUGACAACACCCCCACCUUCCCUUCCCCCGUCCUCACGCUCACCGUGGAGGAGAACCGGCCCGUGGGGACCCUCUACCUGCUCCCCACCGCCACCGACAGGGACUUCGGCCGCAACGGCAUCGAGCGCUACGAGCUGCUGCAGGAACCCGGAGGGGACGGGGGACGGCGCGGCGGCGGCGCUGGCGGCGGCGGCGGCGGCGGCGGGGGCGGCGGCGGCGGGGGCGGUGCUGCGGCGGCCGGCUCGGAGAGCGCCCUCUACCCCGGCGGCAGCAAGCGGAGGCAGGAGGCGGAGGCCCGCAGCAGCGUGUUUGAGCUGCAGGUGGCCGACACCCUGGACGGGGAGAAGCAGCCGCAGCUGAUCGUCAAGGGGGCGCUAGACCGUGAGCAGCGGGACUCAUACGAACUGAGCCUGCGCGUGCGCGACGGCGGCGAGCCCGCGCGUUCCUCACAGGCCAUCCUGCGCGUGCUGAUCACCGACGUGAACGACAACAGCCCCCGCUUCGAGAAGAGCGUCUACGAGGCCGACCUGGCGGAGAACAGCAGCCCCGGGACCCCCAUCUUGCAGCUGCGAGCCACCGACCUGGACGUAGGGGUGAACGGGCAGAUCGAGUACGUCUUUGGGGCAGCCACUGAGUCGGUGAGGCGGCUGCUGCGGCUGGAUGAGACCUCAGGGUGGCUCAGCGUCCUGCACCGCAUUGACCGUGAGGAGGUUAACCAGCUGCGCUUCACCGUGAUGGCCCGUGACCGUGGGCAGCCCCCUAAGACGGACAAGGCCACGGUGGUGUUGAACAUCCGUGAUGAGAAUGACAAUGUGCCCACCAUUGAUAUCCGGAAGAUUGGGCGCAUCCCACUGAGGGAUGGAGUGGCCAGCGUGGCUGAGGACGUGCUGGUGGAUACCCCCAUUGCCCUGGUGCAGGUAUCAGAUCGGGACCAAGGCGAAAACGGUGUGGUGACCUGCACCGUGGUGGGGGAUGUGCCCUUCCAGCUCAAGCCAGCCAGUGAAGGUGAAGGGGAGCCACAGAACAAGCGCAAGUACUUCCUCCACACCUCAGCCCCUCUGGACUAUGAGGCUGUACGUGACUACAAUGUGGUGAUCGUUGCUGUGGACUCAGGCAGCCCCAGCUUGUCCAGUAACAACUCCUUGCUAGUGCGAGUCGCAGACACUAAUGACAACCCUCCUGUGUUCGGCCAGGCUGUGCUGGAGGUUUCUUUCCCAGAGAACAAUCUGCCUGGUGAGAGGGUGGCCACAGUUGUGGCCACAGAUGCAGACAGUGGCAAGAAUGCCGAGCUCACCUAUUCCCUGGAGCCCUCACCCCUCUCCUCAGAGUCACCAAGCGGCAUCUUCAGCAUUGACCCCGACUCUGGGGAUGUGUCUGUGCAAGUGGUGCUGGACCGUGAGCAGCGUGACACCUAUGAGUUCCAAGUGACGGCCCGAGACAAAGGGGUGCCAUCACUGCAGGGCUCCACCAUGGUGGUGGUGCGGGUGGCAGAUCGCAAUGACAAUGAGCCGCGCUUCAUGCAGGAUGUGUUCACUUUCUACGUGAAGGAGAACCUGCAGCCCAACAGUCCCGUGGGCAUGGUGACUGUGAUGGACUUUGACAAGGGGCGUAAUGCUGAGCUCAGCCUCUCCAUACAGCCCAGUGAUCAUGACCAGGCGACUGGCAUCUUCUCCAUUGAAAAUGACACAGGAACCAUCUACUCCACAGUCUCAUUUGACCGGGAGCAGCAGACCAGCUACACCUUCAAAGUGAAGGCAGUGGAUGGGGGUGAGCCGUCACGUUCGGCCACUGCUACUGUGUCCCUCUUCGUAAUGGAUGAGAAUGACAAUGCGCCCACUGUUACCUUCCCCAGCAACAGCUCCUACACUGUGUUGCCACCCUCCAGCAACAUGCGCACUGUAGUGGCCACGGUGGUUGCAACUGAUGCUGACACCGGACUCAAUGCUGACCUCAACUACAGCAUUGUCGGAGGAAACCCCUUCAAGCUCUUCGAGAUUGAUCCAGCCAGUGGAGUGGUAUCACUGGUGGGCAAGCUGGCCCCUAAGCACUAUGGCCUGCACCGCCUCGUUGUGCAAGUGAAUGACAGUGGCCAGCCACCCCAGUCAACAACUGCCCUGCUCCACGUCUUUGUCAAUGAGAGUUUGUCCAAUGCCACCGUAGUGGAGGGCCAGGUGGCACGUAGCCUUCACACACCUCUGGCUCAGGACAUUGCUGGUGAUCCCAGCUAUGAGCUGAGCAAACAGCGCCUCAGCAUUGUCAUUGGUGUGGUGGCUGGCAUCAUGACUGUCAUCCUCCUCAUCCUGGUGGUGGUCAUGGCCCGCUACUGCCGCUCCAAGGGCAAGCAUGGCUAUGAGGCUGGCAAGAAGGACCAUGAGGACUUCUUCACCCCACAGCAGCAUGACAAGGCCAAGAAGCCCAAGAAGGACAAGAAAGGCAAGAAGGGCAAGCAGCCUCUCUACAGCAGCAUCGUCACUGUCGAGGCCUCCAAGCCCAAUGGGCAGCGCUAUGACAGCGUGAAUGAGAAGCUCUCGGACAGCCCUGGCAUGGGCCGCUACCGCUCAGUCAAUGGUGGCCCGGGCAGCCCCGACCUAGCCCGGCAUUACAAGUCGAGCUCACCACUGCCCACCGUGCAGCUGCACCCGCAGUCCCCCACUGCUGGCAAAAAGCACCAGGCCGUGCAGGACCUGCCCCCUGCCAACACCUUCGUGGGCGCUGGUGACAACAUUUCCAUUGGCUCGGACCACUGCUCCGAGUACAGCUGCCAGGCCAGCAGCAAGUACAGCAAGCAGCCAUUUCGUAGAGUGACGUUUUCUGUUGUGAGUCAGCCUCAGGACCCACAUCAAGGGUCUUUGCAGAGUUGCUAUGACAGCGGUCUGGAGGAGUCAGAAACACCAAGCAGUAAGAGUUCAUCAGGGCCAAGACUGGGUGCCCUUCCACUCCCAGAGGACAACUACGAAAGGACUACGCCGGAUGGCAGUGUUGGUGAGGCAGAGCAUAUGGAAAAUGAUUCAAGGCCUCUGCCAGAUGUAGCCCUGACAGGGAAGUGUACCCGAGAAUGUGAUGAAUAUGGCCACUCGGACUCCUGCUGGAUGCCAGUUCGCACUUCUCCUGAAAGAAAGCAGAAGAGCCAGCCAAAACUCUCCACUUUCAUGCCUGUUGAUGAACGGGGCAGUCAGGAAAAGCUGGCCAAUGGAGAAGCUUCCCUCAUGGGUGAUCGCAACAGAAACCUCCUUAACAAAAAGUUGACCUCAUCCUAUGAGACCUUCAGCGCCGCUAGUUUCAGCAAGAAAGAAGAAGGCAAUCCAGAAGAUAUCCCCCUUACACAGACAGGGGAAUAUAAGCCAUCUCCUGUCAAUACUCUAACUAGAAGAGAAGUUUACCUGUAAGCUAAAAAGCAGCAACAAAUUUCUUUCAUGUUGUGAGCAAGAAAAGGGGCAAAAGUCUUAAAAGCAAAACAAUUUUAAUAAAAAUAUGAAACAAAAAGAGGAGGCCACCAAAGAGACAUAAGCUCUGCUUGCCACUUCUGCCUCCAUAGCAGGCAUUUAACUAUAUGGUCUGCCUGACUAUACUGUACAAUGUAGAAAAUGUUGUUACUUGCAUGUCAAAUCCCCCCUCACCAAUUUUUAUUUUCCUAAAUCUAUGGUUGCAAACUCCUCCCAUAGUAAUGAGCUUGAUUAAAAAGGACACAACAUGUUGUUUCUCCUCUGCAGAAGCAUGAGUUAAGCCACUCAUUUUUUCGAUGGUCAUCUGGCUUGUUGAGGAUAACAGGUCAGGGAAAAUGUAUUCAAAGCAUAUCAUCUAAAUAUUGCUGAUCCCCACCAGGGACAAUCCUUCAGAAACCAUACAGAUAUAAAGAUAAAUAUAAAGGAAUAAUCAUUAAUAGGCACUUUGUGAAGACCACAGCUUUAAUAUUCUCACCUCUCAUCUGACGCAGGAUGCGACAGAGACACGUUCAGCUUGAGACUGCCGUCCAAAACAUGGCAAACUUUCUUAUGAAUCAUGAACUCUGGUUCUGUUUUAUCCAUAGAACAAAUGUGUUCUAGCUGUGUCUCUUUCUCUCCUUCUCUCUCGUUCUCUGUAAUGAUUACUUCAAUGUAAACACAAUUAGUAACACAUAUACAGUAGCAUAGUAAUGAUAAACUCUUGAAAUCAUUUUUUUGGACAAGACUAACAUUUAACUGGGAAGAUAGUAAUAACAAAAAGGCCAAAGAUCACACUAUGGAUCAGGGGAACUGCUAAGUAUUGGGGCUUGGCAUAGAAAACUAAUAUACUCAUGCACAUGUACUCAUAACACACCUUCAGUUACAUUUGCACAGCAGCACGUUCUACAAGCCCAGAUGACAAUAUUUUUUCCAGUGCGGUUCAGUUGAAUGCCUAAAGGAAAUGAUGUGGGUUUUUCUUUUUUUUGUGAUGACAUGAUAUGUUGCAGCAGAUGUUUCAUAUAUGAUACUGCCAAUUCCAGGGAAUUUCUGAAGUCAAAAUUAAAAAAUAGUAGUAUUGCUAGAAGGCUGUGUUAGUGAGAAUGCUUGGUAGGAUGAAGGUGGGCAGUGUGGUGAUACAAUGACAAGAGAAUAUUACAACUCAAAUAUAAAGCCUUCCUUUUGGAGUACAAGGAGUGAUUGCUGAGUCUUUUGUCAUUGGUGUUGCAGAUUGAUUUGUAUCAAACAUGUAAGGUUUUCUUGAAACACUAGUGCAUUAAAGCCAAGUGAAGUGCAAUGCUAAACAGUGUCAAGACUCAGAACAUUUAGGAUAGGUAUUAAAUAAACAGUAUGAUAUGAUACUCACCUAGGGGGUCAAGAUGAGUCAAAACGAAUCCAAACUGUCUACAAUAUGCAAGAGCUCUGGGCUAUAAUGAUUCUCACAAUGAGUACUUCAGGAAAGGAAGAGGAAAUGAAACAGGUUUUUGUGCAAUAAAAGCUACAAAAUGUGCAGAACUUUAGCCAGUUUCUCUCUAGCUCAUGCUGCAGUAAUAAUGACAAACAGCGCAGACAUUCAGAUGAAAGUGACAACUGAAGGACACAGCUGGAGAAGGGGAGAAGCGUUAUAAUCCCUGGCUGUUUCACCUGGCAUUAAAGCAUGGUUAGAUGGCUCUCUAGAUACUAUAGUCAUAAUGUAGCUUUGAGUAGUUUUUUAAAAAUAACCGUAAACAGUCUAUAGUAGAGGUUGCUAAAUCAAUACAACUCAUCACAUUUAUCUUUUGAAUUCACUUGUCCAUAUAGUCGGUGAUGCUGUUUCUGGCUGUUCCAUUCUCUUCUCUUAAGUUUACUUUCUUCAUGUAACAUUAGUUUGUGUAUAGCAGUAAUGAUGAAUGGGCACAUUUUAGAAAGAAAAUCAAAGAUUAAUAAUGAUUGAACAUUCUUAUGUUUAAUUAUUUAAGUAAUAUGAAGACAUGCAAACCAGUACUUUGUUAUGAGACUGCAUAGAGCAGUUACUGCUUUGUAUAAUCUGUAAGUAUCUGUUUAAAAAUGCUUCUAAAAUGCUUAUGUAAUGUAUACACAUUUUUCUUGCACGUUUCAACAGAAUACACAAUUGCAUAACAAAUGCUGAACAGAAUUUCUUUUGAUAAAUUUUUAUUUAAAGUUACACAUACAAAAGAAAUAGGUAGCUUGGUUCAAUAUAUUGUUAAACCCUUUGUCUACAAUGCUAAUAAUACAGGUCAUAGAAGACCUUCAGAUUAAAUGGAUCAGCAGUCACUCACUGAUUUUCGCACCACAUUAAGACAGUCAUUAAAUACUUUACCUGUGAGCAUCUCCUUAGAACUAAAAUGGAUGUGAAAGAAUUUUUUUAAAUACUGUAAGUAUUCACAACAAUUCUAGUAGAACUAGCCACUAUUAACAUGCUGAUUACUCUUCUGACCUGGCAUGACACACAAAUAUACUUUGUGUUUGUAUUUCUCUUUUUAUUUUAAAUAUGUUAAAUCUGGUACCACUCCAUAAAUAGAGUGCUUUUGUAUAAAAAUAAAUAAACUAUAAAAAAUAAUUAGGGUGAAUGCAAAAUAUGCAACUGUGCCUUUUAUACCUGUUAUUAUGGUAGAGUGGUAUUUGGGUUUGGACACUGAGGGAUAAGGGGCUAUUCCCAACCUUUUUGAACCUGUAUAUUUACCUGUUUAUUUUCUGAGAAAUUAUAAAUAAUAUAUUUAAAAACAAGUCUUUUGCCAAACUCAGUUAAUGGACCAGUCUUAAGCAUUAUUAACACAAUGCUGUGGUUUCAAUAUGUCUUGAAGGUUGUUUUGUUUGUUCAUUUUUUGUUGUUGUUUUUCUAAUUAAUCUUUGUGGGGGGGUUGGGAUUGUCUUCAUUUGGUUUUUAAUUCUGCAGCUUGGAGAACAACGAUCAGUCUAUACUAUAGUUGUUUGGCAAGGUGUCACCAGUUCAUGUUGCCAGGAAAACUGACAAUUUUUUUUUCAAUUGCUUUUAGCUGCCAUCACAUUUCAGUUGUACAGUAUAGAAAUCAACAUUUUAUUUCUUUCCAUGGUAAACUCGAAUGAGCUUUGCAUGUGUUUUAUGUUAGGGCACCUUUAUAGAUUGAUGCAUUAAUAUAUAACUUUAUAUGUAUUAGAAAAUUCAAUAGCUUUGGUCUAAAAUCUACUGCUCAUUUUGGAUCUCAGAUCCAGUAUGUUUAUUCAAUAUGAUUUCUGACUGGCCUGCUGCCUGAGUUUCAGGAAAAAAAAGGUAAACAUUAUUUUUAUGUGGGGGAAGAAUUUAAAUGGGAUUCAGAUGAUUGACUGAAAGGCUACCCUAGGAAGUUGUCAAGUAGGAAAGCAAGGAGUAGAGUUGAAGACUUGCCAUAAGCACAUCUAUCACCAAAAGCUUGUAAGAACUUAAACAAUGAAAUAUUUUUCCUUUUCUUUCAUUGGUGAUAAAUGUACAGUGUUUCCUUAAGGAAUGAAGCAGAUGAAAUAGCAAUAGAAAUGAAAUUCCAUCAGUUAAGUAUUAUUGACUGAAAAGCAAGAAAGAAGACAAUAUGUACCAGCUACCUGGGGUAUGCUUUCAGACAACUUCUUCCUAAAUUUUAAAGCACUUGCAUUCAGUGUGGUACGAUCUGUUUGUAAUAUUAAUCAUUGACUAUUGUUCUGCAACUUGGAUGUUAAUAGUGAAGCAGAGAACAAUUUAUCAUUGUUUAUUAUGAAUCACUAUGCACGCAACUAUGCUAAACAUGGCAAAAUGUAUUAAACGCUAGUCCACCUCUAUUUAUGAAAUAUUUACAUAAUUUAAUUUGGUUUUGUACAGUUUUAUGUAAAUAAAUUGCUUGUCAUUUUUGUCUCUGCAAAUUAAAAUAUAACAUGAUCAACUGGUU